AGGGUUCUACACAUUCUUACUUAUUCGACGUUUUCUUGUCUCAAAAACUCGUUCAACCAGUUCAUUGUCGCCAGCAGUUGUUUCAGAGAAUAGGCCUGCCAAUCUGAGAUUGCGAGACUUCAUUGUCCACUAAGGUGGAGGUACAAGUCGAUUUUAAGGAAGACUUUGAGAUCCCUAACCGUAAAAACGAUGCCCUGGAAGUGAUCUGGUGGUCUUUCCUUUCUUUUUUAUUGCACUUAUUUUUUGGACAGGAUAAAGAUCUUAAUUUGGAUGAUGUUUUCUGUCAAGCAGAUGGCAAGACAGUUGCACCGUUUCCCACACCGCAUUUCACAUUUCUUGAGACCAACUCGGCCCUUGGCUGCAACACAAAAUUCGAAUGAAGCGUAUUUGUCGUGGCUGAUGAUGCAACACGAUAUUUCCUGACCUCCCUUUAGAUAGGAACAGCUUGCGUGCCUAUAGCAUGAGACGGAUAUCAAUCGUUAUCUUUGGCGUGACACGUCCCGCCUGCCCGUGUUAGAGCGGCGUGCUGUAUUAAUAUAGAUCCAGUAUAACGCGUUUGACCGUGUCGUUUCCUUUCUGUCGAAUUUCCAAAUGAAAUGUUAGCGUUUUAAUUGAAAUUUACAGCCAAUCUGCAAAGAUGAAAGUGCAAUACGACGAAGAUCAGAUUUUGGGUCGAGGUGACUACUCGAUCGUCUUCCGUGGCACUUUCAAUCGUCAACCUGUCGCUGUGAAGAGGAUCCAGCUGAUUGACGCUAGAAAUAGCGAAGAACUAGCCAACUGUUUGGCUAGUUUGCAUCAUCCCAACGUCGUCAGACUUUUACAUUCAGAGAGCGAUGCGCAUUUUCGCUAUCACGCCCUGGAACUGUGUGCCGGCUCACUGGAUCAGCUCUUCCUCAGCGACCAGGAUCCGAAAAAGUACCGUGGUCCUAUGCCAGCUUAUGAUCUCAUCGUUUUGCACCAACUCGCUGCCGGUCUUUACCACAUCCAUUCAAACGGUUUGGUUCACGGCGACGUCCGUCCGGAGAACGUCCUCAUCUCGACGGGUACGGCCGGUAGUCGUCAACGAGUUCUCAUGAAAUGGGCCGAUUUCGGACUGUGUCGCGAGAUGAGCGACAAAUGGAUAAGAUCCAUCUGGAUGGCACCGGAAAUGAUUGACCAGUCGGAGAAAGGAAGGCAUGGAAACGGCCAACGGAAGACACGAAUAGACACUGCCGAAAGUGACAUGUUCUCGCAGGGUUGCGUGUUCUUCUAUUUCUUGAUGGGCGGAAUUCAUCCAUUCGGUGCUCCGUGGGAGGUGACGUCCAACGUUGUCAGGAACAGGCCUGUUCAUUUCACAAAAUUGUUGCCUGGACAUUUUGCUCGUGGAGUCACGCAAAAGAUGUUGGAGCCGGAACCGGAAGAUCGGCUGACGUCAGACGAAGUCGUUCAGCAAUUGAGCAUCAUCAUGAAGCCGCAAGAGGUGAUGAAUAAUGAUUAUGAUGACGAACAGUACCAACAAAGGGGAUUGGAACUGCUGGAAUUGUGCUCCAAUCCUGAUCCGCAAGUGGAAUCCAUGUGCUCUUUAAUUGAUGAGGGCGUCGACUUGAACUGCACCGGAGACGAAGGCAUGACGCCAUUGCUCUUACUCUGCCGAUGGAAUCAAACUCCUCGAUUGUACAUAUGUUUGAAAUUAUUGCUCGUUGAGCGCGAACAUCACUACAAUCCCGUCGACAUCAAUUGCCGCGAUAUUAACGGCUGGAACGCGUUGCUAUACCUCUCACGUCACUACCCGAGUGAAGACCUGCUGCAGAUUAUCCACCUGCUAAUCGAUCACGGGAUCCAAGUCGAUUGCAAAAACGAAGACGGGGAAAAUGCCCUCCUUUUCCUGUGUCAGUAUUAUUCCAACGACAAUUUGAUCGACAUCAUUCAGCUGCUGAUUCAACAAGGAAUCGACGUCGAUUGUUGUGACCACAACGGCUGGAACGCUCUGCUCUACCUGUGUCUUCAUUAUUCCAAUGACAACCUGAUCGCCAUUAUCGAACUGCUCGUUCAUCACGGCAUCAACGUGAAUCGCACCAACAACUACGGCAACAACGCUCUUCGCUACUUGUGCCAGUAUUACUCCAAAGACAAUCUGUUGAGCAUCAUCCAGCUGCUGAUACGCAACGGCAUCGACAUCAACAGUCGAAAUAAUUACGGCAACGAUGCCCUCAGAUACCUGUGCCAAUAUUACGCCAAAGACGAUCUCGUCUCCAUCGUGCAAUUGCUCAUUGAAAACGGGAUCGAUUUGAGGCUGAGGAAUCACGAAGGAUGGAACGCCUUGUUGACUGUUUGUCAGUUUUACACGAACGAUAACCUGGCCGACAUUGUCCAGCUGUUGAUUCAAAACGGAGUCGACGUCAACGGCAAGAACAAAGACGGCUGGAACGCGUUGAUGUUACUCUGUCGCUACUACACCAACGAACAUUUGAUUGACGUCAUUCAAAUUCUCAUCGAGAGCGGAAUCGAUUUGAACAGCCGAACACCGAACGGAUCCAACGCUUUGCUGAUAUUGUGCGCCAAUUACUCGAAAGAUAAUUUAAUUGCGAUCGUUAAAUUAUUGACCCGCAAUGGAAUCGAUGCCCGUUGCAAAGACAGCGACGGUGGCAACGCAGUCCGUUACGUACGCCGGUGGUAUAAAGGCGCCAACGUGUUGGAGAUUACGCAACUUUUGAUUACGAACGGUUGCGGUGGCGACAGUUGAAUUUCUUCCACGGUCCGAUCAGUUAGCGACAGUGGCCAACCCACUUUAGAUUCUUAUUUGUAUGUAAACACAUUUGAGAUAUGAUAACCAAUUAGUAGAAAUAUGCCUUGGAUUAGAAACAAUUGAAUUUUUAAUUGGAAUAUAGAUUUCUGUUUCUUUCAUGUCUUGAGCCUUUGUUCCACUUAACCAACACCUUGGACACCUUUGCCUAGUCUGGAUUACAAGUUGUCAUAUAUA